AGUCAGGAAUAUCAUUUUUAUAGUAACUAUUACAAUAAUAUUAGUAAUAAUAAUCAUGUACUUAUAGUGAUGCCAAUUAUGAAAAAAUUAGUAGUGUAAAUUGUACAGCUUUAAAAUAUAGCAUGGUUAUCAUUACUAACAUUAUAGUAAUAAUUACUACAAAAAUAAUAUUCUACACCAUAAUUAUUUUACUAUGCAAUUAUAAUUACAGACACAACACGUUCUUCUAUCAGUGUAUUAGAGAUAUAUAGAUAAUAAGAGAGGCGCAACCAGUGUUACAAUUUUCAAUUAGUCUUUUCAGAUAUAUGUAGUGAUGGAGGGAAAGAGAAAGAUAAAAAUUCAUCUUAUAUUAGGCGCAUUAGCAAAAUCACAUAAGUGGGUCAGCAGUGACCCUAAUUUUAUUUUAAAUUUAGUAAAUGAACAGAUAUUCAAAUAUAAAAAACAAAUCAGUUUUUAAUAAUUAACGUUCAUUACUAUUACAAGAAGUAAAAACCAAAUAAAUUAAAGUAAACAUAGACUUCUCUUAUUAUUUAUUUAGGACUCUAUUACACGUUGCUGAUUUAUGCAAUUAAUAAGUAAAAUUCUGGCGAAAGGUAUUUCGUAAAGCACCAUAAUUACUCAUCAAUGAUUUCAUCUCAUGCGGGUUAUUCAUUUCGAACAGGAUUGUAGGCGACAGGGAGAGGAGAAUAAUUGUUUCGCGAUAUUCGCGCGAGGCGAUUAUUUAUUUAACACUCGUAUACGAAUGUAUCUCGGUCCUUUGGAUUUUUCAUCAACUCCAACGUAAUUCUCGCGUCGUUUCCGAAUUGAGAGAGUGCGCGGAAUAAUAUAGUGAGUUGCCGGACCGAACCGGAUUUGAGGAAACAGGGAAUACAAGCGAUAUGUAUAUAUCGACCGUCUAUUAACAAUUGAUUUGAAAUGGAAAGAACGUAAUAAUCGCCGCCUAUUCAUUUUACAGUGCAAUUAAAUAUUCCACAACGAAUUGCCCGGCACAAUUUUUACGACUUGUAUAAAGUACAUUAUAGUUAUUUACGAGAGACGUCGCUUUGUUGUUGUUCGCAGAUGAGCGCAGGUGUGAGAAGACAACGGCACCAGACGCUCUGUGGAUUCGCGUUAUCUCUCGAGACACGAUGAAUAUCAGAUGAAAGCGCUCGCGUUUCACGUACGCAAACAGUUAAUUAACUUUCGCACUCAUCGUCAACGAUAUAUCAGAAAGGUUUCGACGAUGCGGAUAUCUCGUGUUCGAAAUAUUAUCAUUUUCGUCGUAACAUUUAUUGUUAACGCGUGGCAAUUAUUUCAUUAAUUACUCCGUAUUCGAAACGUAUCUCGCGUGAACUUCGAAUUUUUCGCCUAUUAAGGAUGAGAUAUCGCGCAUAAUUUUCCCCCGGGUUGAAAAGCGUGGUGUAAUAAUCGCUCGAGCGGCGAAUAAUCUCGUUUUCUCUUCGAAUUCGCAAAUCGUCGAAUUCAAAUAAAACGGCCGUGGCACACAUUCGCCGUUUAUUAAUCUGUCUAUUUCGCGUGAUCUAUACUCCCGACCCGGAUUACACGUGCAAAACUAAAUUGCGGUUAUGUAUUUCCAUUGCGUCUUAAUUAGCCGUUAAUUCGACGUUGUCAAUUGGAUCCUGUUGCGCGGUAUCGGAAUGGCGUUGCCAAUAUUUGCAAAUUUCGAUCAUUAACGGAAACAUCGCGGGGGGGGGGGGGAUACAGUGCGGGGCGGCGUCGCGAUACGUUUAAUUAGCAGGUAACCACUGUCGCAAUUAACCGCGCAUUUCGUCAGUCAUGUAAUACAAAUUUGGCAAUUACACAUCGGCGGAUUUAUUAUUAAAAUCCUCCGUUGUUCGAGAAGCCCCGUCCGCUUCGUUAAUUCGCGGAAAUCGUUCGCGGGUCGCGAUCGCAACUUCUUUCGAUCGCCGUUUUUCCUCCGACGCGGAGCGCCGAAGUGGCAGAGCGCGCGUCGCGUGCAAUUAAUCUCGAGAGUGUCAUGCAAAGUGCCGUACGAUCGUUUAUCGUACUUUGACUAUUAGUGCGCGUACGACCGUAAUUAACUGUUUUCGUGUACGAGAGGGUUGUGUGAGUGCGCUACGACGGGACAAGCAGCGGCAAGGAAAAUGAGAAAGAAGGAGAAGGCCUGGGAGUAGGCGUCGGGUGCCGGCGGAGCGACCAUGAGUUCAACAACGCGGUUUGUGUCAUAACUUCGCUGCCGCCCCAUCGUAUUGAUAUCGAUGUGGAUGUCGAACAUGGUGCAAAAGUCGGACAACGGAAGCGACGCCGUCGGCGAGGCUGGCCGUCCCCGCGUGCACGCGAGUUCGAUCGACGACGAGUCGCUCGCUACGGCGCCCUUGACGCAUUAAAGAGGAAUUAUUGUUUGCGGAUGUGCGCCGGACGCAAUCGAAAUGUCGUUUUUCGGACGGAAAAUGGGUGGCGGCGGCGGCGGCGGGGGCGGCGGGAAUUCCGAGCACACCGGUCAUAACUUACAGGACGGUCUCUUUCAAAUUGCAUCGCAGGCUUGUCACAUCCUCGUGCAAGUGAAUAAUACGCAUAACGUUUCAUACGGAGGUAGCAAUAAUGUGAAUAACAUCGCGUAUUCGAAGUAUUCCACGGCCGGCGGCUCCACCGCUCCGACAACGUCGUCGUCGUCGACGACGAAAGGGGCGACUACCGCUAAAGCGUAUCCGAAGUACGCGGAGCAGUACAACAAGGGUCCCAACAAAGACCAGGAUGUGGUGGUGCUGUUACCGCAUCGCAAGAACAGAGCACCGCGACUCAAGCACAAAUUAUCGACCGUGUCCGAAAACGCACGGCUGGAUGUGAACUCUCCGGGAGGUGAUGACGAUUUAGACUUAUGGGAUCAGACCGGAUUUAUGUUGAGAACCGACGUGGACGAUCCUCUCACGCAUGCAAAGUGGGGCGCGCAGAAUUGGUGCAGGCCCAGUUGCAUACCAAUAACCAUCAUCCUGAUUCUGAUUGUCCUGGUCGUACUUUUGCCGCUGUUGGACCACGCGGCGGACAAGUAUCCUCUAAAUGCCACUCUAUUGGAUACGGAAUCGACGUGCAUGGAGCAUUGCAAUAUAUCCCUGGUGGAAUCUAUACCGCUGGGCUUGAGUUAUAGCAAUAAUACGGCUCAACAUGAAAGCACCUAUGAUUCUUGGAUGGAGCUCAUCGGAAUGGCGCAGAAUACUAUCGAAAUCGCAUCGCUUUAUUGGACAAUGAAAGGGGAUGAUGUGAUACCCGAUUACAGUGCUAAGAUGGGAGAACAGGUGUUCCAAUCACUGCUAGAAGCUGGGAGAGAUAGACAAAUCACACUAAAAAUUGCACAGAAUCUUCCUUCCCGCUUGUCUCCGAAUGUCGAUACGCAAAUUUUGGCUAAAAAAGCUAACGCACAGGUGAGGAGCUUAAAUUUCGCCGGAUUGUUGGGCGGUGGUGUACUUCACACGAAACUAUGGCUUAUCGAUCGCACUCAUAUAUAUGUUGGUUCAGCGAAUAUGGACUGGAGAUCCCUUUCACAAGUGAAAGAACUUGGUUUAAUGGUCUUGAAUUGUUCCUGUUUAGCAAAUGAUUACGCCAAAAUAUUUGAUGUAUACUGGAAGUUAGGCGAAGACGGUAAAGUGCCUUCCACGUGGCCAGAUUCCUUUAGCACAAAGAUAAAUAUAGAUAAUCCUAUGAACUUUACAAAUAUGGAUAAUAAGUACAAAUUAUUUAUCGCGAGUUCACCUCCGCCAUUUUCACCAAAAGGUAGAAGCAACGAUCUAGAUGCGAUUGUGCACUGUAUUGCUAAAGCGGAGAAGUUUAUUUACAUCUCUGUGAUGGAUUAUUUUCCGUUAACGAUAUAUACUGCACAAAUAAAGUACUGGCCUAUAAUAGAUAAUGCUUUGAGGGCGGCGGCAAUCGAGCGUAAAAUACAAGUGCGUCUUUUGAUCUCCAAGUGGAAACAUUCGAGACCAUCCGAAUCGUAUUUUCUUAAAUCACUGCAAGACUUAACGUACAGUUACCCUAAAGUUAGAAUUGAAGUGAGAAGGUUUAUCAUACCCACCAACUCGUCCUUAGAUAAAAUACCAUUCGCGAGAGUAAACCAUAAUAAAUAUAUGGUUACUGAUGUAACAGCCUAUAUCGGAACGAGCAAUUGGUCGGGUGAUUACUUUAUUGACACGGCUGGUAUCGGCACCGUGUUUGAAAGCGUUGGUCCUCAAAAUGAUAACAACAUAAGGCAACAACUAGAAAAUAUCUUCCAUCGUGAUUGGUAUUCCGAAUAUUCUUUCCCACUAAAUACAAACGAAACUUCUACUGAAAACUCCUGGAAUUUACCGAGAAAUUCAUAUCAACAUUCAUCAUAUGAACCUUAUAUACAUUAA